AUGAGGGUGUUGGAUGAGAUCCAGGAGUGUCUGCAGGAACUCCAUGCUCUGAAAUACAAGUCCAACGUGGUUUUAAACCCUUUGGAGUGUGCUGCAGUAAUGGAUUCCCCAGUGUACCUUGGUUUUUUUGCCUGCUUGGUUUUUAUGAACUCUGCAUCAGCAGCCAUCCAGGACUCACAUCUGAUUCAGGAAAAGGGAAAAAAGGUUGUGGAAACAGCUAUGAAGAACUUUGAACGGUACCUAAAAUCAGGAUGCACUUCUUUUGGGAGAAAGAAAGUCAUUAAAAAUUUGGAGGAAACCUUGAUGAAAGUCCAUUUCCUGAGUGAGAAUCUCACUACUGUUCAUCCUGAUGUUCAAACGUUAAUAUUCAGGAUAAACCCCACUGAAUUCAAAGGGUUGACUAUCAAGAGUAAGCCCUUAAUAGAGCACAAUGCUUCAGGGACAAAUCGGAGCCGACAUUCCAUGUAUUUUCCAAAAACACUUGUGGAGAGGGCCCAAAGCAGCCCUGCAAAGGAGAUGAGGCUUACCUGCAUUUAUCUGAAAGCUUCUUGCCUCUUUCAGGAUAGAAAAAACAGCACCUUGCUGAACAAUGACAUCUUAGGGGCCACUCUUGGGAACAUGAGUGUCACAAACCUCACUCAACCUGUGGAAAUCAAGUUUUGGUACAGUCAUGCAUUGAAUAAUUCCAAUGUGACCUGUGUAUUUUGGGUGGAAGGAACAGGAGAGGACAACCUGGGGAAAUGGAGACCAGAAGGCUGUGAAACCAACAUCAGCCAGGACGGCGUUGUCCUCUGCAAAUGCAGCCAUCUCACCUAUUUUGCUGUCCUUCUGCAACUCUCCUCAGGCACUCUGGAUGAAAAGUUACUGCCCCCUUUAACCUAUCUCAGUGACAUUGGCUGCGGAAUCUCAGCUUCAGCUUGUGUGAUCACCAUCUUCUCCUACAUCUUCUCCAGGAAAAUCUAUCAUGAUUCCACAACAAAGAUCCACAUCAAUCUUCUGGGGGCCCUUCUCCUUCUCAACGUGUCAUUCCCAAGCAGCAAGCUCUUCGUGGCACUCCCAUGGCUGUGCAGCACCAUUGCUGCCUUCCUCCACUACUCCUUGCUGUGUAGUUUGACCUGGACGGCCAUCGAGGGCUUCCACCUUUACAUGCUGGUGAUCAAAGUCUACAACGCGUACAUCAGCCGUUACCUCCUGAAGCUGUGUGCUGUGGGGUGGGGGUCCCCUGUUUUCAUAAUCCUGAUCAGCUUCCUUAGCAAGCAUGAUAUUUAUGGUCCCCAUCCCAUCAGAACCAGCUCUCAGUACAAGAACCGUUCCAUGUGCUGGAUCACCUCCUCCACCUUGCACCUCGUCACCUUUGCUUACUUUGGUGUUGCCAUAUUCUUCAACAUGAUUAUCUUGAUGAUGGUGGUGCAGAAGCUGAGACAGCUCAGAGCCCACCCUCUUCAUCGGCAUGAGGAACAUCCUUGCAAAGACGUGGGAACAGUUCUUGGGGUGACCUGCCUCCUGGGGGCAACCUGGACAUUGGCCUUCAUGUCCUUCGGGGUCUUCUUAGUUCCACAGAUCUUCCUGUUUACGAUCUUCAACACACUCCAAGGAGCCAUAAUUUGUCUCUGGUAUUGCUUUUUACGGUGUCGUUCGCCAUCAAGACUCUCGACUGGAUUUUCUCGCUCCUCUCAAUAACUGCAACGUCACCCGGUUUGUGGAACGACUGGGCCAAAGAAUGUCUUGAGGACUGCAUCCAGAUUCCAAGAAGACAUCUGGGCACUGCUGCCCCACGCCAUGCAUUCGGAGACACUCUUCUUCCCCCUCCACUGGGCCUGGAAGGAAGCAUGUUUUGUCUUCAUGGCACAGAAAGACCAAGGAAGUGCUGCGCAAGGGCAAGUCCCACUAAAAGGCGUUGAAGGAACAUGUUUGAGGCACCAGACAAG